UAGAGACAGAGACAAUACGCGACAGAGUUCAUUAAGAGAGAGAGAGAGAGAGAGAGAGACGGAGAUGGUGGGAGGUUAGCCCCCGAGAACGAAGCCAAACCCUCCAAAAAGAUCCUUCCGUCGUCUUUUUUCUGAGCUCGGUGUUAAUGGGCCUUCAUCUUCGUCGCCAUUGAUUCUCUCUCCGGUCUCUGUGUUUGUGUUCGGGGCAUGGAAGAAGAGCUUUGCCAUGCUCAGACAGUUUAUCGGUCAGCUUCAAGAGCUCUUGCACCUCCACGGCUCUCCUCCUCCUCCGUCGUCCUCUCCAUUUCAUCCGCCGUUCUACGUUUUCCGGUGCCCGGAGGAUCGAAAUGGAUGGUGUUUGCCCUCCAUUGAGGAGGGUUCUGCUGAUGAUUGCUGUGAUGCUGUAAUGGCAGGUGGGGAGAGCUCUGGGAUCUUUGAGAUGUUAGAAUCCAUCAAGCCUCCACCUGCCAAGAAAUCCCGAAAAGAACGAAAUCGUGGCAAGUCAUAUGCAGAAGAAACCAACUCGAAUGAAAGCAUGGAUCGGGAAAUCUGGCAGGAAUUUCCCGAGGACCUGUUCGAAGAUGUGCUUGUCAGACUCCCGAUUGCCACGUUUUUCAGGUUUCGCUCAGUUUGCCAAAAGUGGAACUCUCUGAUCGAGUCGGAGAGUUUCUCUGGACGGUUCACCGAUGUUCCACAGAUCUUCCCUUGGUUCUACACCAUAUCCCACGAAAACGUCAACUCGGGGGCUGUUUACAACCCUUCUUUGGAAAAAUGGCACCAUCUCAUUAUCUCGGCACUUCCCGAGAGGACUAUUGUUCUGCCAGUCGCUUCAGCGGGAGGUCUGGUGUGCUUCCUCGACAUAGGUCACCGGAAUUUCUACAUUUCCAAUCCACUGACAAAGUCCUUCCGGGAGUUGCCCGCUAGAUCAUUCAAGGUCUGGUCUCGAGUUGCUGUAGGAAUGAUUCUGGAUGGAAAACCGACGAGCCAGGGGUAUAAACUCAUGUGGGUCGGAUGUGAAGGAGACUAUGAGAUCUACGAUUCCACGAGGCACGCAUGGACUAAACGAGGGAGUGUGCCCUCCUGCAUAAAACUUCCGGUUCUACUCAACUUCAAGUCCCGACCUGUGGCCAUAGGUACCACCCUUUACUUCAUGUUAACCGAGCCCGAAGGGAUACUUUCCUACGAAAUGGCCACGGGAAAAUGGAAACAGUUGAUAAUCCCGACCCCGAUGGAUCUGACCGAUCACACGCUGGCCGAGUGUGGAGGCCGGCUGAUGCUGGUGGGUCUGAUAAAGAAGAAUGCAGCGACCUGUGUGUGCGUAUGGGAGCUGCAGAAGAUGACACACUUGUGGAAGGAGGUAGACAGAAUGCCAAACGUAUGGUGCUUGGAGUUUUACGGAAAGCACGUUAAGAUGAACUGUCUGGGCAACAAAGGUUGUCUGAUAAUGCUGUCGUUGAGGUCCAGACAGAUGAACCGUCUCGUGACUUACGAUGUCAGUAACGGGGAAUGGGCGAAGGUUCUUCUUCCCGGCAGCGGCCCUCGAGGAAGGAAGAGGCUUUGGAUCGCAGGUGGUACCGCCUUCCAUCCGUCCCCCUCCGACACCGCUUGAUCUUAUUUCCGGCCAUCUUCUCCGUUCAGUUCAGUACAAAACGAUUGCCUUGUAUUGACUUUGGGUAUGCUGAGACAAGCGUGGUUAUUUCGGUUUCCGUUCAGCUAUAUUUGGUUUAAAUUAUUUCGGUUUUUUUUUUUA